CUUGUAUUCCUUGGAUUUGGUUGAAGAUGCUCCGCGACGAAAGCAGAGCGGGAAACUGUUCCCUGGAACAAACUUUUUACACUUUUGUAAUUGACUCCAUAAAUUACCAGACACUGAUCAAUAUAGCUAUCCUCCGUACUUGUACAUGGUAAUGUAAAUCUUAGGGAAUGGUUUCUAAAAACAUUUCUGUAGCCAAUGAACAAAGGCUGAUCAAAUUAGGGUUGCUGACUCAGCAGAAAAAAGCCAUUGGAGUACAAAGGACGAGUAAUAUCCGAUAUCGACGCCCAUAAACAGAUAUUCGUUCCCUAUCCAUUCCGAACAACAGCAAGAAUAACAACCAUGUCCCGUCCAAUUCCCGUCACCAUAAUCACAGGAUUUCUCGGCGCGGGCAAAACAACCAUCCUGCUCAAUCUCGUCAAGCAAUUGCCCCCAGACUACCGGCUAGCACUCCUAAAAAAUGAAUUUGGAGACCUAGCCGUAGACUCACAGAUAGCCGCCGCGAACUCCAUCUCCGGUGUCCGCGAGCUCCUGAACGGAUGCAUCUGCUGCAACCUGGUGGGACAACUAGGCGACGCCCUCCUCCAACUCCGCGAUGAAGUAAAGCCAGACCGCAUCGUCAUCGAGACAAGCGGGAGCGCAUUCCCAGCCACGUUGGCGAUGGAAGUGAACCGCGUCGCGCGCGAGAAUAAUGGCCAAUUCGUCCUGGAUGGGGUCAUCAGCGUGAUUGACGUGGAGAAUUGGGAAGGGUAUGAGGACACAUCGUACACGGCGAAGUUACAGGCGAAGUACACGGAUUUGAUUAUUUUCAAUAAAUGGGAGGACGUGCCGGAGGAGCGGUUUGAUAUGUGUUUGGACCGCGUGGCUGAUCUGGAGCUUGAUACUGCCUGGGUGAAAUCGACGAAGGGUUUGGUGGACAAGGAUGUCCUACUGGGGAUUGACGGGGCGUUGCUGGCCAAGGAGAUGUCGGAUCGCGGACAUGCAUCGCUGGAUUUGGUUUUGUUAAAUGGAGGCGAUAACACAGUGGCCAAGGAUGCUUAUGUGCAAGAGCAUAACCAUGGGCUUGGUGAGCCUGGGGAAAAUGAGCACCAAUCCGAAGUGGACGUGCUCUCCGUCUCGCUCACCAGCUCUCAGGAGUCUGAUACGGUGAAUCCGGAGGCAUUGAUCACCCUCCUCCUCUCUGCGCCCAAGGAUGAGGUUUACAGGAUAAAAGCCAUCAUUCAAUUCCCGGCCGAUUCGCCUCCGGAAGACUCGUCAGGUGAGAAGGCUCAAGUGCCUACAUCACAACCAACGCAGGAGGGAGACGUGAAUGUCAAUGGAGCUGCCCCUUCUGGCAGCGGAGCAGGUGGCAUCAAGACGCAGAAUUAUAUUCUUAACUGGGCCUUCGGCCGAUGGACAUAUACCCACUCCCCAGCCUCGAUAGACAGCGCUUCUAAAAGCAGUGGUGACGGUGAAACAGCAGCAGCAGCGCCGCCCGAGCAGGCCAUAAUUGCGCGUAUGACGCUUAUCCUUGCCAGGGGUGAAUCUCACAAGUGGUCGCGGAAGCUGGAGAGUGGCGGAUUGCUGGAGGUCGCAGGCGACUCUGGAGAGGAGAAAAGAGGUGAGGUGAAGGUGGAGCGUCUUGCUUGAUGUUUGGCGUAUACGGGUUUAUUGGGGAAAAGGGAGCGUGAAGAAGAGAAGAUGAUUGAUGUAAAUGCUGCGGUAUACCAUGCCAACCGCGCUAUUUUGCUAUAUGGAAUGUAUAUAUUUGUGUUUAUAGUAUUUUCUUUUGUUGCAGGCAGGGUACCUGCAUUUCACAACAUCUGGAUAGAUAAAAAGGAGGGGAAAGAAUGAAUAGGAAGACAUUGGAACUGGCAGAGAGAUCAAGGAUUUUGCUCUUUUACAAAUAUCAUUCCUCUACACACGCACUAUUUCAAAACAUCUAUGCAUCAUUAAAGCAUAAGAGAUUGAGUUGCAUGCUUUUCCUUCAAUUACUCAAAGGGACGCAACUCCCUUUUCC